UGAGGAGGAGACACAGGAGCGCCCCUCUCCUCUCUCCCACCUCUCCCUCUCUCUCUCUGACGUGGUGUAUGUGGUGUGUCAGUGUGUGUUUGUUGUGUGUGGGAGAGAGCGAAACAGGUCCUCUUCCUUCAGCAGACUGUGAACCUGGACAGGAGAAAGCAGCCCUCUCCAGACUGAGAUCACCUCUCCCAUUGAAGGUUACACUGAAGAGAGAGGGAUGCCUUCAGUUGGAUUAGAGAGAUAAAAGCUGCUGCAUCUUCAAGGAAUCAAGCGAAGCCUCCUGUGAUAUUCUGUAAAGCCGGGGGCUGAGGUUCAUCCAAUCAACAGAUUUCUACUGAGGUCAGGGUCUCUGUGACUCCAGCUGCCAUGACAGACACCACUGCCUGAGCUCUUCAGUGACACCCUACAGCAGGGGAGGAUGGGUGAUGGGCCUGUGAUUGUCAGCGGCCUCUCUCCUUUCUAUCCCAUCCUCUCAUGGAGCGUCCUGCCACACCAAGCCCCCUCUGGAACACCUCACUCUCUGGCCUCCCCUGGUUUCGAGCCUCACUGCAUCCUAAUGCCUCCAACGUGACCCAGCCCGUCACAAGCAGCAGAGGUGGGGUGGAUCUGACCCAGUCCCUGGCUCUGUGUGCCAUGCUCAUCAUGGACGUGUUGGCAGUAGUUGGGAACUUGGCUGUGAUGACUGUCAUCACCAAAACACCGCAGCUGCGCAAGUUUGCCUUCGUGUUCCACCUGUGCCUGGUGGACCUGUUGGCAGCCCUGGUGUUGAUGCCCCUGGGGAUGCUGUCAGACCGUGUGCUGGUGGAUGAAGCGCUGUGUCGGAGCUACCUCUGCUUGAGUGUGUGUCUUGUGAGCGCUGCCAUCCUCACUAUUUCUGCAAUCAACGUGGAGCGGUACUACUACAUCGUUCACCCCAUGCGCCAUGAGGUGAAGAUGACAGUAGGGGUGGUGGUGAUGGUGCUGGUGGGGAUCUGGAUCAAGGCUGUCGUCAUGUCAGCCCUACCUCUCUUGGGUUGGCUAUUCCAGGGCAACCAGGGUUUGGGGACUCCUCCAGUUUUACUUCCUGGACAGAGACAUUGCUCCUUGCACUGGGCGGGGGGCAGGACCACACGCCUGCUCUUCAUGGUCUUCUUCACCUUCAUCUAUUUCCUGUGCCCCAUGCUGAUAAUUCUGGUGGUAUACUGCAACAUGUUCAAGGUGGCCCGAGUGGCAGCCAUGCAGCACGGCCCCCUGCCCACUUGGAUGGACACGCCGCGACAACGAUCCGAGUCCCUCAGCAGCCACUCCACCAUGGCAGCCAGCCUGGGCGGAGCCGGGGCCCGCACCACUCCUCAGAGGACAUUCAGUGGAGGAAAAGCUGCGGUGGUCCUGGUGGCAGUGGGGGGCCAGUUCCUCUGCUGCUGGCUGCCCUAUUUCUCCUUCCAUCUCUACUCGGCUGUGGUGUCUACCUCUCCUGCCUCGCUGGCCCAGCUAGAGGAUGUGGUCACGUGGAUUGGCUAUUUUUGCUUCACCUCCAACCCCUUCUUCUAUGGUUGCCUGAACCGGCAGAUUCGUGAGGAGCUGGGGCGUCACCUGGCUUGCCUCUUCAAGCGGGCUGGGCCCAGUGAAGGGGAGCAGCUGCCCAGCCGGGAGGCCUCCAUUGAGGAGAACUUUCUGCAAUUCCUUCAGGGCACUGGGUGCAAUCUGGAGCCCUGCAACUCUCACAGCAGGGCCAGCCCAGAGGAGCCAGAAACUGAAGGCCCUCAGACCCCGGCUGUUCAAGAGAACAUGCCAGCUGACUUCCACAUCCCCGGGCAGAUCCUCGAGGAGACCUCAGAGUUCAUACAGCGGCAGCAACUGAACAAUGAGCUAAAUGUAUCAGAGAACUGCUGCAAGACUGUACCUGAGCUGUAACUGCCUCUCAUGUACUGUAGAUAAUCUAUUUUGCUGUCUAGUAAUCCAAUUGAUACGCUUGGUUUUAUUCAUAUUUUCUAAAAUUUGUUGAAUGAACAUGUCACUUGUUCAAGCUGAAAAUCCAGUGAACUGCAGAACACAGUAUCUUCUUUGAAGAAUUUAAAUUAUGUAGCUUUUCACAGAAAGAAAAAGCUGAUGUUUCAUGUAUAUCAUCUCAAACACCUUCCAAACAGUCAAGACACUGUAAUGUUGUUUGGUUUGAGAGUUAGUGACAGUCAUAGACUGUCAAGUUGUUUUCUGUGCGAUCUCAGCUGAUGAAAGCUGAACCUUGUUGUGUUAAUCACAGCUCAGUGAAGUGAUGUUCAGUGGAUAAAGAGCCAAGGAUCCCCUGAAGCUUUCAGAGAGAAAAAAGAGUUCAAGCUAUACAGAAAACUAAGAAAAGAGCUAUCAAAAGAAAAUAUCACACAGAUAAAACAGUACUGAUAUAUAUUGCCAGUGAAACGCCCCUUUGAGCUUGAAAUGAAUUUGUUUGCCAUUGAAACAGCAGUUCCUCACUGGACAUAAAAUGAUGAUGGCACAGUCACUGUAUGAUAGAGCCAUGAUAUACCAAUACAACAAACAGGCUUCCAUUCAAGUCUUCUCUCUUUGUCUUUUGAUGCAAAAUCAUCUUUUGCUCCUUUAAUUUAGCUAGAGGGGAAAUACCAAACACACUUGGCCCUGGAUAAUCUUAGCUCUAGUGUACGGAGUUCCUUCAUUUUGGUUUUCAAGACUUGAAGAAGCCCCUUGACAAUCAGUUCUUCAAUUUGAAUCAAUGAUGCUGUAGGUUCUCUAUGGCCAUUUAAAUAUGUGAAUACUGUUUUAAUAUUUGAACAUCCCAAAACAUCUCACUAUCCCUCUAUUGAGACAUCAGCACAUAAUCCCACGGGUUUUAUUUCACUGCCUGUUGCAAGCACAAGUUCAGAAAAAUAAAAAAUCAAACAGCAAAUAUGUAAAAGGUAAAAGAAAAGGUGGUUGCAGUCACUGUAGUUGCCAUUGCCAAUUUGUGAGAUGAUAAGCAAUGGAUCUGCAGUCACAAAAAUAAAUGUGUUUACUCCAUUCACACACCUCCUGUUGCAACCCCCCUUCAAAAAAAGAAAAAAAAAAAAAAAAAAAAAUGCUGUUGUUUUCCUCGGAUGACAUGUGAGAAUAUUCACAGCCAUCUUUUUUUAAAUGUCUCUUCAUUAAAAUAUUCAUUGUGUUAAACAGGAUCAUUUCACAGCUGGUGCUGCUAAUGGUAUUUAUUGUAAACAAGCUCACACAUCAGUGUAUUUUUAACCUUAUUCUGGGAACACUGUUAUCAUGGUUAUCUGUUUUUAGGCUUGUGAGCAUCACCUCCUCGCUGAAAUCAUCUCACAUUGUUAGACUCGUGAUCUUCACCUCCUUACAGACAACCCCCUACCCCAACUAUUCAAAGAAAACAUAACGUCUGGUUUCACCGACGAUGAAAGCUUGAGGGAUUAGGGUUUGUUGUUAAAAUGUCAGCUACAGCAUAUUACAAAAUUUCAGUUUAAACAGGGUGUAGAAAUAAGGGUCCAUAAGGAUAGAUUUGAACAUUGUGACCAAUCCCCAUUAGCCACUGAUGUCAGUGCUGUUUACAGGUAAACUUUGGCCAAUGCUGCACACAAGAACAAUAUGAGUGUUGUUAUGUUUAGCUAUAAACAACCAGGCUUGUUGUGGCUACACAGCACACAGGUGUGACAAUGCUUACACAUGGCAAGGUUUCCCUUUGGCCUCAUUUAGCAACAAAUGGAAGACACUGGUGAUACUUUCUCUGAUCUCAGGUGGAAUACAAACAAUUUGCACAAGUCGCACAUAUAGCAAAGACAAAUAUUGCAAAGAAUUUAUGAGGCAAAAAAUAUCUCCUCACACAUUUUUUUGUCUGUUUUUCUGCUUCUUUUUUUUCCCUGCUGCCCUUCUUCAUCUAUUUUAGAUUGCCUCAUACCGGACACAGUCUGUUGGCAUGAUCACAAGACACUCAACACAAGGCACACAGGGAAGGUUUAUAUUUUGUUGGGAGUCGGAGCAAAAAGACCUCUUUGUCAAAGGAAGACAUAACGUUCUUAAUUUUCUUGAGAGAUGACUUCGCUGCAGACUGUUUUUCAAUUGGGCUAGUCAUAUCAUCUUGUUAAAAUGUAAAAAGAUGCUCCUCUUGCGUCAAGAGAUGGGAUGGUAAGGCGAAGCCCAAAUGAGCUGAAAUUGAGUUAUAGCGAUAAAAAUCAAGUGCAACACGGAGCACUACAGUAGAUCAAAUCACUGCCAUGACCAUUAGCACAAUCCUCAAAGUUAUAACUUUUUUUUUCUGCCAUUACAGUAGCUCUGUUGCACCAGUGCUGUCACUGUCUACCUUUCUGAAGACAAAUAAUGCCCGUUGGUGGCUUAUUUCAAACCUACAACAUAUUUUACUCUAAGAAAUAUUACUACACAAGUAUGGUAGCAAGACAAUUUCAAACUGCCUUGAUUUAUCACACCAGCUAACA